UUGCCGAUUUAUUUACCAAUAUAAAGAAUAAUGUCUAAACGUGUACAACCUGCGUGGCAAGCACCGAAGCCAGCGGAGCGGCCAAAGCUACGGCUGUACAACAGCCUGACGAGACAAAAGGAGGAUUUCGUGCCGCUGGAUGGGAACAAUGUAACCUGGUAUAGCUGCGGUCCGACUGUCUACGAUGCCUCGCACAUGGGACACGCACGGUCUUACAUUUCCUUCGAUAUUCUGAGACGCAUUCUGGCCGACUACUUUGGGUACAACAUCCACUAUGUGAUGAACAUCACGGACAUCGAUGACAAAAUCAUCAAGCGCGCUCGUCAGAAUCAUCUCUUCGAAGAAUAUGCCGGCGAAUCAGCGAAUUUACCCCUCGACCAGUUGUUGGAUCAUCAGAAGGAAGUGCUCGUGCGAUUUCAGGAAACGUGCGCAAAGAACACGGAUCCCGAUAAGAAGGUGAUGCUGGACAAGACUCUGCAGCGUAUGAACGAUGCCGUUGUUGCACUCACAACGGCAGUUAGCCAAGGUGACGAAAAGGGCAUCGCUGAGAAGCGGCAACACUACCUAAACGAAGCCAAGGACCCGAUUGCAGAGUGGUUGGAUGGCAAGAAGGGAGCUGAGAUCAAUGACAAUGCUGUCUUUGAGUCUCUGCCCCGCUUCUGGGAAGACCAGUUUCACAACGACAUGAAGUCACUAAACAUUCUCCCACCAGAUGUGCUCACGCGGGUCUCAGAAUACGUGCCACAGAUUGUGGCCUUUAUUCAAAAGAUCAUCGACAACGGCCUCGCCUAUGCAGCCAACAAUUCCGUCUACUUUGAUGUAAACGGCUUCGACAGGAAAGAGAAGCAUCACUACGCCAAGCUGGUGCCAGAGGCAUAUGGCGACACCAAGUCACUGCAGGAGGGUGAAGGGGACUUGUCUGUGGCCGAGGAUCGACUCUCAGAGAAGCGUUCGGCCAACGAUUUUGCCCUGUGGAAGGCCAGCAAGGCCGGCGAGCCCUGGUGGGACAGUCCCUGGGGACGAGGUCGUCCCGGAUGGCACAUCGAGUGCUCCGCCAUGGCCUCGGACAUCUUCGGUUCAACAUUCGACAUACACACAGGUGGCGUGGAUCUAAAGUUCCCACACCACGACAAUGAGUUGGCCCAGUCGGAGGCGGCAUUCAACGAGUCCGAGUGGGUCAAAUACUUCCUACACACUGGCCAUCUCACAAUUGCCGGAUGCAAGAUGUCCAAGUCUCUCAAGAAUUUCGUCACCAUUCAAGAGGCGCUGAAAAAGCAUUCGGCAACCCAGCUACGUCUGGCCUUCCUCCUCCACUCGUGGAAGGAUACGCUCGACUACUCCGAGAACACCAUGGAAAUGGCGACGCAAUACGAGAAGUUCCUUAACGAGUUUUUCCUGAAUGUGAAAGACCUGACCCGUCACGUGCUGUCUGAAGAGCCGCGACGGCAGUUUGAUGCCUGGACCGAUGUUGAGGCUGCCUUGCAGAAGAAGUUUUCCAGCUCCCAGGUGCAAGUGCAUGCGGCCCUUUGUGACAACGUAGACACGCGCAGUGCUCUCGAUGCCAUUCGGGAGCUUGUUUCCGCCUCCAAUGUCUACAUACGGGACAACAAGUCGAGACUGAAUAGCCUGCUGCUGCGCAAUGUGGCCACAUACAUAACCGACUUGUUGCAUGUGUUUGGCGCCAUUGCUGGACCACGAGGUGGCAUCGGAUUCCCAGUGAGCGGCGGAGCCGGGCCUCAGGCAGCUGGUGGCGAUCUGGAGACGACAGUGCUUCCCUAUGUCCAAACUCUGGCGGAAUUCCGCAACUUGGUGCGUGAGCAGGCGAAGGCAUUAAAGGCAUUCGAUAUCUUAAAGCUGUGCGACGACCUGCGUGACAAUAUAUUGCCCAAUUUGGGUGUCCGACUCGAGGACAAAGAUGGUGGCAAGUUUGCCGUCAAGCUGGUUGAUCGCGACUCGCUUUUGCGCGAGCGGGAGGCGAAACUGGCCGCCGAAGCAGAGAAAGCAGCUGAGAAGGAACGGAAGAAGCAGGCAGUUGCCGCAGCCGCAGCAGCCAAGGAUGCGCAGCGUCGCGUCAAUCCCAAGCAGAUGUUCCUUGGCGAAACGGAAAAGUACUCGGCCUUCGAUGAGAAUGGCCUGCCAACUCUCGACAAGGAAGGCAAAGAGAUUAGCAAAGGACAAGUGAAAAAGCUUCAAAAACUGCAGCAGCAACAGGAACAACGCUACAAAGAGUAUUUGGCAUCCAUAAACGAAGCCUAGUCCAUAAAAACAGAGCACCAAAAGUAUCGUAUUGAUAUUAGCUUAGCAUUUAAAAUAUUCUCAUCACUUUUUCCACGCCUAAUAAUUUCCAAAGUCCGCUUAAAACGAAUCCCAUUCGUGCAGUCGUGCUAGCCUUGGGCUAAUCAUCAUUAAAAUUAAACUCUUUUCUACGAUAA